AUCAAACUGGAUCAGAGAUGGGGAUGGGCGUUCCCUUUAAGUCGCGGAUUUAUGCAACAUCAUCCCACCUGCCUCAGCUGCAGGCAGCCGUGGACAUCGGACCCCACGCACCGUGGAUCCAGAGCGGGCCCCGAGGGACAAGGCACCAUACGUUGGUAAUGACGACCAGCUAAUCCUGCAUCAUCUCCCAUCAUGUCACUGCGGCACUAACAACUGAGGCGGGAUGCUGCAGGAACACCUCCUCCUCCUCCUCUCCAUCCUCCUCCUCCCUGCCUCCACAGGAGCGCUGUUGUUUUGGACUCUCCUGUCGCUGAUGUCCGAUGCAGAGACUCGUAUGGGAUGAAAGACUGCAGAGGAAGAUAAAAAAGCAGCGAAAUCCCUCUUUGGUUCCUCUCCACGCCUUGUAUUGUUGUCGGUCACCAUGUCUCCCCCAGCCUCUGCUGCGACAGCCAGUGAAAGCAGCACCACCACCGUCUAUGAGGAGGACACCAGGGAGGAGCAAAGACCCCUGAAGCAAUCACUGAGCAAGUCUUUAUUUCGUGAGAGUUUCUGGAAAUGCCUGCUCCUGUCUGUUCUCAUGUACGGCUGCAUGGGAGCUAUGGUCUGGUGCCACGUCACCAAGGUGACCAGGCUCACCUUUGACAGCGCCUUCAAAGGGAAGUCCAUGAUGUACCACGACAGCCCUUGCUCUGAUGGAUACAUCUACAUCCCCCUCGCCCUGUUGGGUAUGCUCUACCUGGUGUAUUUAGUGGAGUGCUGGCACUGCCACGUGAAGAAUGAGCUCCAGCACAAAGUGGAUGUUGAGAGUAUCUUUGAGCGCAUCCAAAGGAUGCAGCAAGCAAAGCCAUGCAUCUGGUGGAAGGCCAUCAGCUACCACUAUGUGCGCCGAACUCGACAGGUAACUCGCUAUCGAAACGGAGACGCUUAUACUAGCACUCAGGUGUACCAUGAGCGCGUCAACACCCACGUGGCCGAGGCUGAAUUCGACUACGGUCACUGCGGUGUCAAAGAUGUUUCCAAACAGCUUCUGGGCCUGGAGAAGUGUCCUCUCACUAAGAUGAGAUUUACCAAGUGCUUUAGUUUUGCCAACGUGGAGUCUGAGAACUCAUACCUGACUCAAAGAGCCAGGUUUUUUACCGACAAUGAGGGCCUGGACGACUACAUGGAAGCCAGAGAGGGCAUGCACCUGAAAAACAUCGACCUAAAGGAGUACGUCAUGGUGCUGACCGACCCGGAGCACCACCCCUGGUAUCUGUCCCAGUAUGUGUUCUGGUUUGCUUCCUUCCUCACUUUCUCCUGGCCUCUCCGGGUCUUCACUGAAUACCGCACUGCUUAUGUUCACUAUCGUGUUGAAAAGCUUUUCGGGCAAGAUUACCUUCCUGUUACCCCGUGUGACGAUCGGCCAUAUUGGCGCCGCAUCCCCCGUGUCAACACCAUUGACAGUACAGAGCUGGAGUGGCAUAUUCGCUCAAACCAGCAGCUGGUUCCCAGUUACUCAGAGGCCGGCCUAAUGGAUCUGGCCCAGUGUCCAAACAGCUUCAGCGGGAUCCGUCAGAACUGUGAGCGCUGCCACCGGGCCAUCAGCUGCUCCUCUGUGUUCUCCAGGAGCGCUCUCAGCAUCUGUACCGGCGCCAGCUCCCGCAUCCCAUUCAGUGGCAGUCGCUUCUCUCUAGCUCGCCGUUACGGCUCCCAGCGAAGCUGCCUCUGGAGGAGCGGCAGCUUGGAUGACCAAGAGAGCCCCAGCGAAAACACCCGGUGCCUGUCAGAGCGCCUCGCCACGGACGACGAGGAGCCUCCACACUACGACGACGCUCUAUGCUACCCAGUGCUCAUUGUCCACUGUAGCGAGAACUGCCACAAUCACAGAUCUUUCCACAGAAACGGCUCCUGCGUGGAAACGUCCUUAUGAGAAAUACAUUGACACCUCUGUAGCAUGCAUUCACAAUGAAUAACAGAAAAAUGACUGAGUUCUCAUUACGUAAACCGCCAAAGCAAUAAGAGCGGUCCGCUGGCGUACAGUAGAAGAAAGAGGAAAACUAAAUCAGAUCAACUUCCAAUGGCAACCAAGGAGACAAAGACUGUUACACUGUCAUCACCAUAUCUAAGAUUUGAACACAACAUAUGAAGCCUAAACCUUCAGUUACCUCAUAAGGCGGUUGAGAUAACUCCAGUCAUGUUUCCUCAUAGAUGGAUAGGAGGGGGUGAAUUUGACUUGCAGCUACAGCAAUAACAGUGACAACACCAAAUGAGGAAAAUCCAGUAAAGACAAUGUUUAUGCUCAUCACAGAGAUGCUGAUCAAUAAAAAAAAGUUCCAAAAUCACCAAGACAACUUAUCACUUAGAGAUAAAGCAUUUCUCAUUCUUCUAAAGUGCUGUAAUUCAUGUUGUAAAUCAUCAUCAUCAUCAUCGGUUUUCCAGAAAGCCUUUUACAUCCAGACAACAUUUCGUUGUUGAGCAGCUAAAUGCAAUAACACAAACCUCUCCUGUAAAUCACAAUCAUCCAUAUUCAAACAGAAAUACAUAGUCAGAAUAAUUUUUGUUCUAAUUAUAUUUUCUGCUGCCUACUGCCACGACUGAAGCUGACAACUUGUGCUACUAACCAAUCAGGUGGACAAAAAAGACAACAAAACAA